AUGGAAGCUCUAGAAGAGAAAGAGGCGCAGGUCGCUGCAUGGCUGAAAAAAAUAUUUGGGGAUCAUCCCAUUCCACAAUAUGAGGUGAAUGCUCGGACAACAGAGAUUUUAUAUCACCUUUCAGAACGCAACAGGGUCCGAGACAGGGAUGUCUACCUGGUAACAGAGGACUUGAAACAGAAAGCAAAGGAAUAUGAAUCAGAAGCCAAGCAUCUUCAAGACCUUCUCAUGGAGAGUGUGAAUUUUUCCCCUGCCAGUCUCUCCAGCACUGGUUCCAGGUAUCUGAAUGCUUUGGUUGACAGUGCAGUGACCCUUGAAACAAAGGAUACCUCUCUAGCUAGUUUUAUCCCUGCAGUGAAUGAUUUGACCUCUGAUCUUUUUCACACCAAAUCCAAAAAUGAAGAAAUCAAGCUUGAAUUGGCAAAAGUUGAGAAAAAUCUAACUGCAACUUUAGUAUUAGAAAAAUGUCUGCGUGAGGAUCUCAAGAAGGCAGAGUUACAUCUGUGUACAGAAAGGGCCAGAGUUGACAGUCGUCUUCAGAACAUGGACUUCCUGAAAGCCAAGUCAGAGGAGUUCAGAUCUGGAAUUAGAACUGCGGAGAAGCAGCUUUCAGCCCGAGGGAUGGAUGCUUCUCUGUCUCAUCAGUCACUGGUAGCACUUUCAGAGAAACUGGAAGAACUAAAACGACAGACUAUACCUUUGAAGAAAAAAUUGGAGUCCUAUUUAGAUUUAAUGCCGAAUCCAUCUCUUGCUCAGGUAAAAAUUGAAGAAGCAAAGCGAGAAUUAGAUACUAUUGAAGCUGAACUUACAAAGAAAGUAAACAUGAUGGAACUGUGA